AUGAGCACAGCAUUGUAUACAGCCAAGGAUUUCAUUAUCGUUUCGUUGCCUGAGAACGCCAGACCGUCGCAAAAUCCAGAAACAGACGUUUCAACAUGGCUAGAAACAGGAUUGAUAAAUGGGCGCAGCUACGUAGCCGAGUUCCCAAUUCCAGACUUCAAGAUCGGUUCAUUGGACUCGCUAGUGUUGCAGAGCGAGGAAUUGGCCAAGAUUGACUCGCAAAUAUACUCAUCGUUGCAGAAAAUCGUCGAAAUCUUGCACGCCUUAACAGACACUCAAGUCUCCUCCAUCACCAUCAACAAGCAGUCAAUCCCCGAGUACCUGACCCAUUUCCAAUGGGACUCCCGCAAGUUCAAGCUCGACAAGUCCAUGAAAGAGUUGAUCCACGACUUGUCCAUCGAAUCCUUCCAGUUGGACGCAGAUGUGCGCGCGACUUAUUCCAACUACAACAACGCCAAGUCCAACUUGGCCGCAGCAGAAAGAAAGAAAACAGGCGACCUCUCCGUCAGAUCCUUGCACGACAUCGUCAAGGCCGAGGACUUCAUCCUAGACAGCGAGUACUUGACCACCGUGCUAGUCGCAGUGCCCAAGAACUUGAAACACGACUUCGAAAAAAGCUACGAGUCCCUCGCAGAGAAAGUGGUGCCCGGCUCCGCAUCCAUCCUCAAGCAGGACGACGAGUUCAUCCUCUACAACGUCCACUUGUUCAAGAAGUACCAGCAGGACUUCCAGAACGCAUGCCGUGAACGCAAGUACAUCCCACGUGACUUCGCCUACUCCGAAGAGUUCAUCAAAAAGUUGAAGCAAGAGCACGACACUGCAGCAAGCGAGGAACAAUCCUUGCGCGUCCAGUUGAUCCGUCUCGUCAAGACCGCCUUCCAGGACGUCUUCGUCAACUGGCUCCACAUCAAGGCCCUCCGUGUCUACGUCGAAAGCGUCCUACGUUACGGUCUCCCACCUUUCUUCCUCAUCAAGAUCAUCGCCGUUCCUCCAAAGCAACUCUCGGCUUGUAAGACAGAGCUUAUCGAGCAGUUCAGCUAUCUAGCCGGCAAUGCCUUCUCCAAGGACAAGCGAGGCAAAAUCAACCGUAACGACUCCUCCUUGCACGAGUACGCCUCGCUUGUCGACACCGAGUACGAACCCUUUGUCUUGUACCCGAUUCAGCUUCCACAGUGA